AUCCGUAAAAUACAAAAUACCACUUGAAUUCAUACGAAAUAAUUACCGAUUUCGAGAAUUCAAAAUAUUUUUAUUAUUGCGUUAUCAAAUAAACAUUGAAACCUUGUCAUCGUUUCUCUUAAUUGAUAAGCAAUUCCGAAUCUUGAACAAGAAGCGGAAUACGGAAAUUCCUUAACAAGAAAAUAAUCGUAAGAUUAACAUACAUGAUGAUACACAAAACCAGUUGGUAAGUUUCAGCGGUUGGGUGAAGAGAUAACUCCAGAAGCUACCAGUGACUUACAAUAAGUGCAUCACGAUGAUCAAAAGGAUAACUAUCCUUUUCGUGCUUCUAGUAGCAACAGCAAUUGCACAAUGGAAUAGACCAAACUCGCAGAAUUCUGGAUUUUCAUUAUGGGAAAACCAAGGUAACCAAUUAAACCAAAACAACAGACCCGGAAAUAACCAGGAACAAGGUUCUAUAUCUUGGAAUAACGAAGAAGAUUCGCAAUUUGAGAGGCCCUGGAACGGACAAAACAGACCUGACAGCAACCAGAACAGGACUGGUAUCAAUCAGAACAGACCCGACAGCAAUCAGAACAGACCCAGUAGCAAUCAGAAUAAUAGACCCAGUAGCAAUCAGAACAGACCUAGUAAUCAGAAUAGACCUGCCAAUCAGAACAGACCUAGCAAUCAAAUUAGGCCUGGUAACAAUCAGAGCAGACCUUGGGAUAGAUCUACGACCACAACUACUACAACUAGAAGAUCGACGACAAGAAGAGGGCAACAGAGUACAACCCAAAGGUCUACAACCAGUAGAUCAACAACAAGUAGAUCUACAGCGAGCAGUUCAACAACAACCUCCGAUUUUAGUACAACAGCAUCCCCAGCAUUCACCUCUUGCAUGACCAUGUGUAGAACGACCCCAGAGUACAACCCUGUAUGUGGAAGCGACUCCAGAACAUACAGUAAUGAGCAGAGACUCAAUUGUGCCAUCAACUGUGGUCUGAAUAUUGACCUUGCCUUCAGAGGUGCCUGUGAUCCAGCCUAAAUUAACUAUUUUCGAAAAAUAACCAUACCAUUUAGUAUUAAUUGACUUUCUGAUAUUAUUAAUACAACUGAUACAAAAAUAAAAACUUGAAAUUUUAA